AGUCUGCCCAGCUCCCGCAUUCACCUAGACACCUGCUCAGUACUAAGAGUGGAUAUCCGGAUAUCUGAACGCUGAAAGGCUCACCCAGGGAUGGGUGGAGAGGAAUACUCCUGAGGGCAAGUCAGGGUGUGUGUGUAUGUGAGUGAGUGUGGGUGUGGGUGUAUGCAAGUGUGAGUGUGUGUGAGUAUGUGUGAGUGAGUGUGUGUGUGAGUCUGUGUGUGUAUGAGCAUGUGUGUGAGCCUGUGUGAGUCUGUGUGUGUGUGAGUGUGUGUGUGAGUGUAUGCAAGUGUGAGUGUGUGUGAGUAUGUGUGAGUGUGUGAGUCUGUGUGUGUAUGUGAGUGAGUGUGUGUGUGUGUAUGCAAGUGUGAGUGUGUGUAUGUGUGAGUGAGUGUGUGAGUGUGUGUGAGCGUGUGUGAGUGUGUGUGAGUCUGUGUAUGUGAGUGAGUGUGUGUGUAUGUGUGGGUGAGUGUGUGAGCGUGUGUGAGUGUGUGUGUAUGAACAUGUGUGUGAGCCUGUGUGAGUCUGUGUGUAUGUGAGUGUGUGUGUGAGUGUAUGCAAGUGUGAGUGUGUGUGAGUAUGUGUGAGUGAGUGAGUGUGUGUGUGUGUGUGUGUGUGUGUGUGUGUUUAGGGGCUGGAAAGGGGGUUGAUGUAGUUGGGGCUGUCACAGUUGAGGCUGACUCAGUCGGGCCUGUGCUGGUAGAGAAAGAGCCUGGAGACAGAUGGCAAUACCAUGUGAGACUCAGGGUGAACACGAAGCACAGGUUGCCAGGCUCGUGGCACAGAAGGGGUGACAGCGAGGUGACAUGGAGGUCUCUACAUGGAAAUGUGAGUUUUAGAGGAAAAUGAAAGUUUCAGGAAGCCACUGGAGGCAAAAAGGAAGGUGACACUUUUGGUUUUUGGGUUUUGAGGCGGAGUUUCAUGUAUCCCAGGCUGGGAUUACAGGACACCACACCCACUAUGUACUGGUGCUGGGGAUCGAACCUAGAGUCUCCUGCAUGUCAGGCAGACACUCUAUCAACCGAGUCCUCGAGCACAGCUCCUGGCCUCCCAUUUAGGAUGGCAAGGUCAGCAGGCAUUUGUGACAGAAGGGACAAUUUGGGGAGCUGGCAAGUUAGCUUGGCAGGUAGACACUGCUAAGCCUGCUUCCACAAACCCUAUGUCUGAGCCCACCUGGGAGAGGGAGAGAACUGACUCCUAUGAGCUGUCCUCCGACCUUUGCAUGUCACGUGACCACCUCUCCACCACCACCCCGCUGUCCCCAAGGAGAAGACCAUUGGCCAAGAAGGAGAACCGAGAUAGAAGAAUAGACAGUUCAGUGUAUGCGCCUCUCCUAGCUGUCUCUCCUCACCAGAGAGCAGGGGCUCUGUCUCGUUCACCGCUGGAUCCCCUCUAGUGUCUGGCACACAGUGGACAGGUAUUGUGUAUUGAGUUGAGUUCCCAGGGCAACGUGGUUAGGUCCUAGGGAGAGAAGUAGUCAUGAGGGCUUCUCGCUGCUGCUGCUGCUGCUGUCGCUGCUGGGAGAGAUGGGAGGGAAAGAGGAGAGAAGGCCAGCAGUGCAGGGGAGCUAUCUCAGGAAGUACAGUGCUUGUCACACAAACCUCUGGCCUUGAUCCUUAGAAUUAGAAGAGAGCCAGGCCCAGUGGCAUGCACCAAUAGUCCUAGGUAUCUCUUGGCUUGCUGGCCAGCCAAUUUAGCUGCAUUGGGAGCUCCGGAUCAAAUCAGAAACCCACUCCAAAAAAACAAAGAGAGCAGUGCAUUAUGGGGGGGGGGGAGAGAGGGAGAAAGGGAGAGCGAGAGAGAGACAGAGACAGAGGGACAGACAGAAAGAGACACAGAGAGAGGUGAAGAUAACUCAUUCCAAAGCUUCUUUGUGAAGCAACAAGUAUGAGGAUUCACCCAAGUGCAUAACGUCCAACUUCUAGAACAUUCCACCAUUCAUUUAUUAGCAUUGUUCAGACUUUACCAUUAUUAUAAGCGUUAAUACGUGCAUUGAGUCAUUAAAGCUCAUGACGGCUCCUCAAAGCGGAUGAUAUUUUCAGUUAGUGAGGACGUCGAGAUUUGAACCCAGGAUACAGAACCUAUGACGCUACCCACUGAGCCAUACACUCUUCUGUGCGACAUUAUUUUGCAGUUUGUCUGGUACUCUUCUCACUGGGCUUAUUGGGGGAGGGUCACCGUGUUCAAGUUUCAUAUGAAGAAACAGAGAGGUACAGCUAUUCGCCCAGGGUCACACAGCUACGAAGUGGCUCCGGGAGAAAAGCUGGGAUUCAGUAGUGAGUGAGUCGGAUGUCAACAGGUGGUACCAGAUGCUAGGACUUGGGAGGUGGCAUCUUGCAGCAUCUCCAGAGGGGCUCUACAUGCUUCUGAGAAAGUCGGGGCAGGCAAGUUAGAAAGGGGAGGAGGAAGAUUACCACCUGUACCCAUGGCUGCUCUCGAGCUGAGGCUGAAGAAGACAGAACAAAAUAGAAGCGGUUCUGUGGGCUGGGAAACCACAAGGAACCAAAGACUGGAUCAUUCCACAAAGGCCCACUGUGGCAGCGGAAGUGGAGACUGUGCCUGGGAGGGGAUUUCAGGACUCUGUCUCUAGUCGGGUAAUAGUCUCAGACCCAGGUCAACUCAAGCUAGCCUUUUCUGGAUAUCUCCCCUGAGAGCUCCCCAGCCCUGAGGCCUGUAUCAAGAAUCUAGAGAAGGAAAAACAACAGGGGGUCUUGAAGUGGGCCUCCCUGAGUUCCCAGGAAUCUUGGAGGUGGCCCAGGCAGCGGUGUGGGAGGCGACCAGGACUGGUUUUAAACCAAGCAGGCACAGCUGCUGCUUCUUCUCCUCCGGGACUGAGGACAGAGACUAGCAAUCAGAACCCAAGAAAUGAAGCGCCUCCUCACGCUGGCUUGGUUCCUGGCUUGCAGUGUGCCUGCAGUCCCAGGGGGCUUGCUAGAACUGAAGUCCAUGAUUGAGAAGGUGACUGGGAAGAAUGCCGUAAAGAACUAUGGCUUCUACGGCUGCUACUGUGGCUGGGGCGGCCACGGGACCCCUAAGGAUGGCACUGAUUGGUGCUGUCGGAUGCACGACCGUUGUUAUGGGCUACUGGAGGAGAAACACUGUGCCAUCCGGACCCAGUCCUAUGACUACAGAUUCACACAGGACUUAGUCAUCUGCGAACACGACUCCUUCUGUCCAGUGAGGCUUUGUGCUUGUGACCGGAAGCUGGUCUACUGCCUGAGGAGAAACCUCUGGAGUUACAACCGUCUUUACCAGUAUUACCCCAACUUCCUCUGCUAAUGUCCUCUGCGGGCUCUGCCCCGGGAGUGCCUCCCACAGUGGCGGCCCCCCUCUGCUGUAUUCCUGAUCCGUCCACCCAAGGUCUUGGAUCUGCCUUCCUCUGUGUACCACUGGGCUGGACAGAGCCCCAGGGUUACACUCUACCCUCCAGAAUCCUAGAGAGGGACUCUGAUGUAGAGUCUGCGGACUCUGGAUAGCUGAGCCUGCACUUGCAGAAUUUGGCGCUGGGCCCCGGAGCUCCCUCAGCUCCAGGCCAGUGUCGUGUUGACUUUCCUUUCAAUUUCUGGAACCCAACUGCCAUUACCACCCUCCAGAGACCUCUUACUAGAGGAGAAGCCAAAUUAACUCUAUAAAUCUGCCAUGUAGCUAUUAAAUAAAACCCAUUCACGAGGCGAGAAGAACACCACCCCAGCACUCCCUCUGACAGGGCUGGGGUAGGAGUGCCAAUGCUUCUCUAACCCCUGAGGCAUCUGUGCACCCUCUAGGAUGGAGGUCAGGAAACAGGUGGGGGCCUUACAUGCCUUUCAUGGUUUGUCUUGAGUUUAUUUUCUUAAACCUUAGGGUCUUUCAAGCCAGACCUGGAGCUCAAGAUUCUUCUGGAGGAAGGUGAGACACAGCCCUAUGCCACCUUGAGCUCCAGGCUAGAAAGGGACAGCCCCUAGCCCUGGCUUCUGCAACUGUGUGGUCUUGAACCUCCGUAUAGUCCGAAUCCCUCUGGCUCUCCUCAAAAUAUAAAACAAGCCUCCUUCCAAUAGCAUAUUGGUGCACACCCCUAAUCCCAGCACCUGGGAGGAGGAGGCGGCAGGAGCAUCAGGAGUUCAAGGCCAGCUCCUGCCCCCUAGCAGGGAUGGUAGGCUGCAUGAGAGUGUGUCUCAGAAAGAACCACCUGGUGCGGGUACAGGGAUGCUGGGAUUCUGAGAUGUCACUCAGUGCGGGAAAAGAUUCAAGGAGGGGAACAGAUCAAUGGCAGAAUGACUGUCUGUGCCGAGUUAAGGGCACUGAAAAUCUCAGCUCAUCUAUCGCUUUAUAGAAGAUAGAGCUUUCCCAUAGCAACCUGACGGGAGGAAGCAAGGCACUCUACAGUAAAGGAGUGGCCUUUCCAAGGAAGGGUCUAGGCUCCUUCUUCUCCAGAACAUGCACAGGACAUAGGAGAUCCAUAUUUAGAGACCUUUCGUGUUCGAACGUUUUCUAACUAAAGUUAAUUAUAUUGAGAUUA